ACUGUAUAUAUAUGUUUGCACUUUUUCAGUGUGUGUGUAAAAUUCUCUUUAUCUGUCAGUGUUUCACUUAAUUUUUUGGUGGCUUUUAUUUUAUACCUACUUUUCAUUGAUGGGGGUUUAAUUAUCAUUGGUGUUCCCUCAGGUACGCCAUUUACCAACUGACGGAUGAGAUGGCUUUUAAAUCUCCAUGGACCGGUAGUACCACACUAUUAGUGGUGUGUGGUGAUGUUCCAGCACAUGUGUCAACAGUCUUUAUUAGAUAUCUCCUCCAGGGAGGUCGAGUUCUCUCAGUGUGCUCAGACUUUCUAAACAUGGCCGUCCCACUCUUUGCUUUCGAGCUGCCCUGGACCUCUAGCCUUGUAGCCUCAGGAACCGUAGAAGUUCAAGAGCAGGCAGUGGUGACCAUCAGCUACCGUCGUUGGUCGAGUGUCCAGUUACUUCACCACCAGCACUGUUUUCAUUCAUCGCCUCAACAUAAACGGUUCUCUCGAGAAUUGGAAAAUACUAAAGACACAGACAUCAGGUCAGCUGUGAGUGUAGAGCCAACUCAUGUAGAAAUUGUUGAUGAGUAUGGAGGUCGGCAUCGUUUAGACCUGAAGAUACUCGCAACAGAUGACACAUGGGGAGCGCCAUCCUUGCUCUCUGCUCGAGUUCACCAGGGCAAGGGCUCAGCAGUCUUUUCACAGGUACACUUGGAACGGGAUCCAAGAGAGUGUUUCACAAUGGCUGGAAUUACAAGUAAACUCUCCAUUAGCAAUGAAGCCCGACUAGAGAUACUGAGGGAUCUGUUGUCCACAGAACUAUGUCUCGAUACUAAUAUGUCCACUUCAGCUACUAGCUACAGUCCAGCAUAUUUCUUAGGGAGGCACGAGCUUAAGCAAACACUCAUCAAUAAACUGAGGCCACAUAUGGAGAAGCAGGAGUUGAGGAGAUCGCAGCUGACCAUCCAAUUUGUGACCUCUGGUAUGACUGCCAGACAACCAGAUGAUGAUGUAUUGCCACUCUUAAUGAGUGCUUGCCCUUUGACUUUCUCCACUGUUAAGUACUUUGAGGCUCUGAAGACAUCAGCUAUUGGCCGCCUUGUGAUCUACUGUGAUGUGAUGACCUCCAGCAUGAAAGUGACUGCAGGCCAUCCACCUCUUGUUCAUGGCAUUGUUGUGCUGCCAACACAACAAACCCAGGGCAAAGGUCGUAGUGGGAAUUCCUGGUUGUCUCCACUAGGCUGUGCCAUGUUCACUACGCAGCUCCACAUUGCUCUGUCGUCCAACCUGGGUCAACACCUCACCUUCCUGCAACACCUCAUAGCUAUAGCAGUGGUGCAGGCGGUCAGAGAGCACCCCGGCUAUGCUGACAUCCCUAUCCACCUCAAGUGGCCCAACGAUAUCUAUGUUGGUACUAACAUCAAGAUUGGAGGAGUGAUUGUUGAGGCAACAACAAUUGGCAGUGAAAUUAUAGCAAAUGUUGGAUGUGGAGUGAACUUGUCAAACAGUAACCCCACUUACUGCAUAAAUGAUGCUGUCCGGCAACAUAACAAGGAGUACAAAUCGUCUCUCUGUGAACUUGACCGAGAAACGUUUUUGGCCAGGGUGUUUAAUUCUAUUGAAGAGCUUAUUGAAACUUUCCAAGCUAAGGGUCCUGGAGCUGUUCAACACAUCUAUUACAAGUACUGGCUGCACAGUAAUGCAACAGUAACUGUUCAGAAUGAACAUCGACGGACAGAAUCUGCCGUGAUCAUUGGAGUGGACAACUAUGGAUUCUUAGAAGCACAGCUGGUAUCAGGUACAAUCAUUACCCUCCAGCCCGAUGGCAACUCAUUCAAUAUGAUGGAUGGACUCAUCUAUUCCAAGCUACAUUAAGCUACUUUUUGAGCCUGAGAAGAGGAUUAUUUGGCAACAGUUUGUCAUAAAUUGUUUUGGAUAUCACUGAAUGCUAGUGUAUGUGAUAUCAGCAGUCCGAAUAUUAAGCAGUGUAAAACAGGCAGUAGCACCAGUGCUUGAAAGAAAUGUGUAGCUGCAGGUUACACCAAAUUUUGUAGAGAAAAAAAAGGUACUAUUUUGAAGUUUGUACUUAUAAACAAGCAACUGGUGAUGGCCUCAGGCUCUGCUGGCUUUAGCACGUAUUUUUUAUUUACAAGUAACAGUAUGUUGAGAAAUAUAGGAUCAAAACCCCUUGAAUAAACUUGAGGAAGACUACAGGAGGGUACAGCUACACCAAGCCUCAUGUUUAUGUAGCAGCCAGUUUUUAGGAAGUUCAAUGUUGGCAGACAAUAGGUGAGAAAUUGGUUCUGCCAGUUGAGCAAAAAUGUAAAAAAAAAAAAAUCACAGAUGAUUCCAAAUGAUUUAGAUUUAUAGGUCAACUGAAUCACAGUACAUUCAUAUGGGUUUUGAUCAUUGACCUUGAUGAUUGUACAAGUUGCAAGAUGACGUUAGGACCAUAAGUUGUUGGAAGUAUUUUGGCAGUUACAGAGUUUAUCAUGGUUUGUGCAUAUAUUUUUGAGAUAAGAUGAAGAUUGUAUUAUGUUGUAAAUAAGUUGACUAAGGAUCCUGUCUAUAAUCAAAAAUAGGGAAAGAUAAAAGAGAGCUGUUUGUCUUCUAAAAGUUUAACAAAAUAAUCGCAAGUGUUUCUGAAAUGAGAUUAAGCAUUGUAUAAAUCACUCCAUUGUCAGCUCAUCAUACAACCAUCUCAUUAUUAUGUUGCCUAGUUAAGUGUGUAUUAUCAUUCUCUUACCAACAUAUGAUAUUCUCUCACUAUAUCUGUUUUUCUGUUCAUAAUGUCUGCAUGGCCAUGAUUCCAUAGAACCCUCUACUAAAAAGAGUCAGAUUUCCACAUCCAUUAAAAUUUCCAAGGCAUCCAUUGAAUUGUGCAUUUUAAACCUUCAAUUUUCUCAUUGCAAGUGUUCAUUCCAGGAUUUUGCAGAGUAGUUUUUUUUUUAAUAUUCCUGCUUGCCAAAUGAUUUUGUAAUUAUGUACUGCAUUAAGUCCAUUGACUUCUCAUAAUCCUUCAGUAUGUACCGAGGUAUAUAUUCUUCAGUGCCUUGAAUUUGUUGUGGCAACUACCCAAUACUUGUUAUCUUCCACAAACCUCAAGUGUUAUAGUUUUCCUUCGUGUCUGAUUUUCUCCCACAUCUAAUUGUGGGAGACAAUGUUUUCUUAAAUGUUGGGAUGAAUAUGUUUGUUUCUUCCCUGUUGUCAAAAUCGGUGAAGCCAAUUUUUGUAUGUACUGUAUUCAUUUUAACUGGUGUUAGGUGGCAGUGCUGUUUGAAAAAUAAUGUGGUGAUAAACCUUUAACUACAGUAAAGAGUGGGAGUGGGAACAGUUAUUUGGGAUUAAAAAAUAGGUGGAAGGAAAAAUGUUGCCGUUACUGUACUGUACUGUAUAUGUCUUUGUAGAGCAAUAAUGAAAUGAUUUUUAAAAACUGCCAUGACUUAAGGGUACAUUACUGAAUAGCGGUACCUUACUGAACAGUGGAAAUAGCUUCUUUGGUAAUGGUGCAUAGUGUUUGUUUAGAUCCUUAAGAAUAUGUUCUAUAAAAGUAAAUUAACAACAUAACUAACCAUCUGUAUUGAUUUAAUAUUAAUGCCAACUUUCUAUUUUGAAAUGUCACAAGUGAAAAUCUUGCAAAAAGCCUUUAUUUUUGCUCGUAAACAUACAUUACCUACAAUUCCUGGCUUGUACUCGCAUCUUUCUUUCUUCUUUAAAUUUUUUCUCGGACAAUUAUUCAUCUUCACACACAUACUGAAAUUGAUUAUGUUUGUCUUACUUGAUGAUUUCACCAGUAAGGUGGAUGUUGUUUUGAGCAAAAAUAUAUAUUGGAUAGAAAAUUUAAAAUGACUUUAUUCAUUGUGCGCAUUACAGUUGAUAUCCUUGUAAAAGAGGUUCAGGGGUAUUAUGUCUUAGAUCUCUCAGUGUUACUGUGUACUAGGCAUUAUUUUGAAAAGUUUCAGCAUACAGUACUUUGAUACACUUCCAUGCAAUCUCAGCAUGUAAAAUAGUCCUGAAGGGUUAAACAUCUUCGUCAAAGGGUUAAAUCAUCGUCACCAAAGGGUUAAAUCAUCGUCGUCAAAGGGUUAAAUCAUCGUCGUUAAAGGGUUUAAAUCAUCGUUCCCAAAGGAUUACAUUGCAUACAGUAUUUCCCAGAGUUUGGGAGAAAGAACCCCCAUCUCAUAUAUUAUGCUAUAAGGUAAGAAAGUUCCCUUCUUGCGAAAUGCUUUUCUUCCUUUCAUUGUAACUACCAUUUGUUAUUAGAAAAUUGUACUCUUAAUGCCAAAAUAGUGUAUACAAUAUUUUAACAUCAAGGAGCAAUACUGUAGUAUUAGUGACAUGUUGUGAGGUCUUUCUUGAAAGCAACAAAAGUAGACUUUAAACACUUUAAUAUUCCUAAAAUGUUGUGUAUAUUUUUCAUGCAAAUGAAAAAGGUUAAAUCAAAUUUCCUUAGUGCUGUCUCCUAUACCAUAUGGAUCUAUUGGGAGGCAACCCAAGGUGAGAUGGGUUAGCUCAAUGGAGAAUUACACAUGGUACAGUGAUUAGUAUGUGCUCAUCUUAAGCAGCAAUGCUCCUUCAUCUGUGCCUGGCUUUCAGAUCAAACUGUUUUCUCAUAAGUUGGAAAUCCAAAGAGUUAAAUUUGCUACAUGUCACUUGGGACAAAUUAAUCUCUAGAUAUUGAUUUUUUACUUUCUGGCAGUACUAAGGUGGCCGUAAACAGGUAAGCCCCCCCCCCCUUUUUUUUAAUUACAGCCAGUACAGUAAUAAAAAUAUGAUGCAACCAAAUGAUUUUGAAUUAAAAUUUGCUUUGUGUGAUUCUCUCCUAAGACAA